AUGAAACCGACAACCAGCAGAAGGCCGCAUGCAUCGAGCCGCCAACCACAGCCGCCGGACGAGCCGCAAAGGCCGCCACCUUUCCGGCCACCCCCGGAAGCACGACCGCGGGUGCACCCGAAUACAACCGCGUUACAUGCGAUAAGUACCGAUAACACUGGGUCAGCUGUUCGAACUCGUCCUAGGGUACCCAGACAACACCUGGAGCGCAGCGUCAUCAACGCCUCCACCCGAAGUCGGCCGGCCACAGAACCAGCGGUAUUAGAAGCAUUGCCACGACAGACGCCGCUCAGUACCAACGCCCGGAAGCUCCCGACCACCAGGCGAACGCCACGGGAAGCAGACCGUGAAGCUGGUGCUGCGACAGAGCCGCGCACCGCCCAAACCUCGACGCACCCAGCAGGCCAAGCGAAGGCCCAGGUAACGCUCUCCGCCAAACAAAGCGACCUGCCGACUGCAGCUUCGCUCCAACUCGGCCAGCGAGGCACUGCAAAGAGUACCGCGAGGAAGGCAGCCAGUACCGCGGAGCCACUCUCAGAGAAGGUGCAAGAGGCGCCCGCUACAACAACGCCGGCAUGCUCGAACAACGAUGGGGCGUCUGCCCCAGCAAUUGACAAGACCAACGUCGAGACGACGCCGCAUCACCCAAAAGCGACGCCAACCCCGACGGCGACCCGGCCUCCAACUGCCGAGAUCAGCGCACAACCGGCCACGCCUGACACAUCACCCCCACAAGUGACACCGGUAAAACCUGGUAUGUAA